AUGUCUUAUCACCCCCAGGCCCCGUACGGCGCAGACCCGAACGACCCUCGAGGAUGGAACCAGUAUGAGCGAGAGCCGCAUCAGCGAGCCUACUCCCCCCACGGCGUCCAUCCCGCCGCCCAUCCAGACAGUGCGUAUAACAGACUAAGGAACCAACGACAGUAUGGUGGAGACUAUUCAGCGUCGCAGCAGCCCUUCUCACAUGGCGAGCUCCCGCCGUAUCCGCCGAUUGGCCGCUCCCAGACCGCACGAACGGAGUAUACCGCUUCGCCGGGAGCUGACAAUCUCGGCCCUAUGGCUGUGGGCGGCGGCAUCUCAGGCAUCGCGACCGGCGUUGCCAACUCCCACGAGCGACAGAGCGGCUUGAAUGCCAUGCAAGGUGGUCGAGAGAUCGGCCCGUACCGCGACUAUCCGGACACUGGGUACUAUGCUCCCUCCCCGGAUACCACCGACAGCGCCCCCAUGUCAAGACCUCUGAACUCCUAUUCAUCGAGCACUCCGCUGAAUCCCGGUAUGGAUUCCAAUUAUCCGCCUGGUCGAAUGGCGCCCUCAGAUUCCCCCUACCAAGGCCACGGCCAACCACAGCCUCAUUACGACGGCCUGAACGGCACCUACAGCGAUCCCUAUCACCGCCAGCGCACGUCGUGGAUGCCAAUGAACGAACCGAUCAAUCCAAAUGAUAUUGUUGAUGACGGCGACGAUGGGUUUAUUCGAGAGCCUAAGCGGAAGUCAGUGCUGGGUAGCCUUGGAAAGAACCCCAGUGCCCAGAGCCUCACUGGCGGCGCUGCUGCUGUUGCGGGUGGAGUUGGUGCUGGUGCGAUGGCUGGCCGAAGCAACGGUGCUCCCGAUGGGGGGCCGUCCUACAACCCCGUGCCGAACGAAAAGAGUGGAUGGAUCACUGACCAGAAGGCGAGGAAAAAAAAGAUGAAAUGGGUGAUUAUUCUUGUUGUCCUUGUACUGCUUGUUCUCGGGGGUAUUGCUGGUGGGGUUGUUGGAGGCCUGCUGGGCUCGAAAAAGAACUCAUCCGGUGGGAAACCAGGAGGCAGCGGGCAAUCCGCCGACGAGGACACAAAAAUGAACGGUGAUCUAAGCAAGAAUUCAAAGGAAAUUCAGGCACUUAUGAAUAAUCCCAACCUUCGCAAGGUAUUUCCAGGGAUGGACUAUACUCCUUGGGGCUCUCAAUAUCCGCUCUGCUUAACAUACCCCCCUAGCCAGAACAACGUUACACGCGACGUCGCUGUGCUCUCGCGACUCACCAAUACAUUGCGACUUUACGGCACGGACUGCAACCAGACAGAAAUGGUUUUACACGCCAUUGACAGGCUGGGACUGAAGGACAUGAAACUCUGGCUGGGCGUCUGGAUCGACAACGUCAACAUUACGACGAAUGAUCGACAGCUGGCACAAAUGUACAAAAUUCUCAAGGAAACCAAGGACACCUCCAUAUUCAAAGGCGUCGUGGUCGGGAAUGAAGUCCUGUUCCGUGGUAAACAAAGUGCUGCAACACUGCAGAUGCUCAGCAACUACAUGCAAGGCGUCAAGACCAACCUCACCGGCAUGGGCAUCAAUCUGCCCAUCUCUACGUCAGACCUGGGUGAUGCCUGGACUGCAGAACUCGCCAACGUUGCUGAUGUGGUCAUGUCCAACGUCCAUCCAUUCUUUGCCGGUAUUGCUGUCGAGAAGGCUACCGACUGGACAUAUGAAUUCUGGAACAACAAAGAUGUCGCCUUGACCAAAGGUACGGAUAAGAAGCAUGUGAUAUCUGAAGUCGGUUGGCCAAGCGGUGGUGGCAGCAACUGUAGCCCUGCUCCGAAAUGUCCCGAUUCAUCAACCGGCGCGGUUGCUGGUAUCAAGGAGAUGAAUAAGUUUCUGGAAGACUGGGUCUGUACAGCAUUGGAUAAGGGGACGAAUUAUUUCUGGUUCGAAGCGUUCGACGAGCCUUGGAAAGUCCAAUACAACGAACCCGGCAAGGAAUGGGAAGACAAAUGGGGUCUCAUGGACCCUGGACGAACCAUGAAACCUGGUCUGAAGAUUCCCGACUGUGGCGGCCGGACUAUCACGUAG